CCCGCUGGACGCAGGAAGGAAGGAAGGGACCUCCUCCGCCCGGCCAAAAGCCAGCCGUGCUUCCAAACCUUUUGCCCCAAAGAGAAGGAGAAGAAAGAGGGAUUGCAUGGGACUCGAACCCAGAGCCCAAAAGCGGAGGAGGAAGCGGAAAGGCCGCUUUGGGCAGGAAAGGGAGCCUUGCGUUCUAGGCAUCCCAGGCGUCAAAUCCAUCUCAAAACGAUGUCCACCUACAAGAGGGCCACGCUGGACGAAGAGGAGCUGGUGGACGCUGCCGCGGAUGGAGAGCUCUACCCCAACGGCAUCCAGGUGAACUUCCGCGGCCCGCUUGGGGUCCAGAGCUGCUGGUCCCGCCGUCCUGCGCCGGAGAAGCGCCUGCUGGUCCUGGUGGCCGUCCUCCUGGCUGCGCUGCUGGCCUGCCUCUGCCUCCUGGCCAUCCCGUUCCGGCCCCGGCCCUGCCUGUCGGAGUCGUGCGUGGCGGCCUCCAGCGCCAUCCUGGCCUCGCUGGACCGCUCGGUGGACCCUUGUGAGGACUUCUUCCGCUUCUCCUGCGGCGGGUGGACCAAGGCCAACCCCAUCCCCGACGGGCACUCCCGGUGGGGCACCUUCAACAAACUCUGGGAGCAUAACCAAGCCAUCCUCAAGCACCUCCUGGAGAACACGACGGCCAACGUGCCGAGCGAAGCCGAGCGGAAGGCGCAGCGCUACUACCAGUCCUGCAUGAAUGAGAGCCAGAUCGAGGAGCUGAAGGCCAAGCCGCUGCUGGACCGCAUCCAGAAGUUGGGGGGCUGGAACAUCAGCGGUCCUUGGGAGGAGUCUGACUUCAACCAGACGCUGCUGGAGGUUAUGGCCCGGCACCACACCUCCCCCUUCUUCGCCCUGGACGUGGCCGCCGACUCCAAGAACGCCAGCGUCAACAUCAUCCAGGUCGACCAGUCCGGGCUGUAUCUCCCCGCCAGGGAUUAUUACCUCAAUAAGACCCAGAAUGAGAAGGUGCUGCGGGGCUACCUGUCCUUCAUGGUGCGGCUGGGGUCACUGCUGGGGGGCGGGGAGGAGGCGGAUACGCGCCGGCAGAUGGAGGAGCUGCUGGACUUUGAGACGGCACUGGCCACCAUCACCGUCCCACAGGAGAAGCGCCGCGACGAGGAGCAGAUCUACCACCGCAUCACGGCCGGGGAGCUCCAGGGCCUGGCGCCUGCCAUCGACUGGCUGCCCCUCCUGAACGCGGUCUUCUCCCCGGUGGAGAUCAACGCCUCGGAGCCCGUGGUGGUCUACGCCAAGGAGUACCUGGGAGAGGUGUCCCUCCUCAUCCAGAAGACGGACAGGCGCAUCUUGCACAACUACAUGGUCUGGCAUCUGGUGCGGAAAGGGGCCACCUUGCUGGACCAGCGCUUCCAGGAGGCCGAGGAGAAGUUCCUGGAGGUCCUGUACGGGUCCAAAAAGGCCUGUUUGCCUCGCUGGAAGUAUUGCGUCAGCGACACGGACAACAACCUGGGCUUUCCAUUGGGCGCCAUGUUUGUGAGGGCCACUUACGCCGAAGACAGCAAGGCCGUGGUGGAGGAGAUGAUAGCAGAGAUCAAGGGGGCCUUUGAGGAGAGCCUGGCCGGGCUGCACUGGAUGGACGUGGAGACGCGGCGCUCGGCCCGCGAGAAGGCCGAAGCCAUCGCGGACCUCAUCGGCUACCCCAAGUUCAUCAUGGACCCCAAGGAGCUGGACAAAGUCUUCGCCGACUACGAGGCGGCCCCCGACCUCUACUUCGAGAACGUCAUGCAGUUCCUGAACUUCUCGGCCCGACUGGCCGCCGACCAGCUGCGGAAGCCCCCCAACCGCGACCAGUGGAGCAUGACCCCACUGACGGUGAAUGCCUACUACUCCCCGACCAAGAACGAGAUCGUGUUCCCGGCCGGGAUCCUCCAGAGCCCCUUCUACACCCGGAACUCACCCAAGGCCCUCAACUUUGGUGGCAUUGGCGUGGUAGUGGGCCACGAACUUACCCACGCCUUUGAUGAUCAAGGCCGGGAGUACGACAAGGAGGGCAACCUGCGUCCUUGGUGGAAGAAUUCCUCGGCGGAGGCCUUCAAGCACCAGACGGAGUGCAUGGUGGCGCAGUAUGGCAACUACUCGGUCAACGGGGAGGCUGUCAACGGGAAGCACACCCUCGGGGAGAACAUCGCCGACAACGGAGGACUCAAAGCCGCCUACCGGGCUUAUCAGAACUGGGUGCGGAAGAAUGGGGAGGAGGAGACCCUCCCAGCCCUCAGCCUCACCAACUACCAGCUCUUCUUCGUUGGGUUCGCCCAGGUCUGGUGCUCAGUCCGCACGCCGGAGAGCGCGCACGAGGGCCUGGUGACCGACUCGCACAGUCCUUCCCGCUUCCGCGUGGUGGGGACGCUCUCCAACUCGAGGGAGUUUUCGGAGCACUUCCACUGCCGCCCGGGGUCCCCCAUGAACCCUGCCAGGAAGUGUGAAGUCUGGUGAAGGAGCUCCCCUUCCGGGAAGAAAGAAGGGCCACACCGGGCCGUUUUGGGCCUUCCUCUCUCUGUCGCUCGCUCUCUCUCUCUCGGGAAGCCUUUGCCCACUGGGAAGACUCCAAACUCGAGACUUAUUGGUGGCCUUGCCUAUAUCCUCUCGGCGGUCCGGCAUAUCCCAUCAUGCUGGAAGAGGCUUGGACUGCCUUCUGUUCCCAAAAGGCUGGUAUUUUUAUGCAGGGAAUAUAGACUCUUCUUGCCUUGAAUGGGAAAUCCACCAAGAAGAGAGGAGGAGGAAACCCCUUUACGCUCACACCCUUCACCGAGGCCUGCGUCAUAGACACAAACACCAACGUAUAGAAAUAGUAUUAUUAUUAUUAUUUUGAAUCUUGCAGAACACUGGAAAUUUCAGGGAACGUGUAUAAAGUUGAAUGGAUCGGUAUUUAUUUCUACUUUUCGUGCGCAAGAGCAUCCUGCUUGAAGCCAAAGGACGGCUGCCUGGAGCGGAAGACCCAACUCCCUUCCAUCCUAAAAGCGUGGGAAUCCGUUACUUUGUGGACUACGACUCCCAGGGAAUUGGGAUUUGGGGGAGCCGCUCUGCAGGGAUUUCGCUUCCAAAAGGGACCUUCGUUCUUUUUUUCCAUGUCCUUCGGAAUUCCCAAGUGCCUCCGGCGUCUUCUCCGGCUGACGCUUCUCCUGUCCACUUCCGCACGGUCCGGGAAAGAGGCGGAAGGCAAGCGGUUAUGGGGCGGAGAAGGAAGGGUCGCCUGAGCCCCAAACCCACUCACCAGCGGACUCUCAGUUGCUGUUGAUUGUCAGAAAAACGCCCUGUGUGAUCUGCACAGAGAAACGACUUCAAACCUAUCUAACUGAGUUAUGUCCCUAUAUGCUGAAUACAUGAAGGCUGUUGAGUAAACCCUUCUGAAGAACUUCAAAAACGAAAAAAAAGCACCAGCGGAAUCUCAGGUUCAAAAAACGGAUCGUUUCCAUCCGAGGCUCCCACUCUUCCUCCCACAGAAUCGUGGCAAUUCUUCAUUUCGUCCUCCUCUUUCGGCCCCUUCCGUGACCCCAAACUGGGGCUGGACUUCCAUUUGUGUCAAUGUCUGGAGUGAAAGACCCUUUCUCCCCGUUUUUGAGCUUCGUUUUUCGACCUGGCGUUGGAAGCAGGAGGGCAAGGCAGUAAUGUGUGUGUUUGUGUAUAUACAUAUACACAUACACAUCACACUGAUAAAUAGAAAUCACUUAUAAGUGUCGCCAAGGCAGUUCAAGGGGAAUCAUAAUGCCAUAACUAUGCAGGCUGAAAUGCCUCUCAUGGACAAGUAUGUGUGUGUAUAUUAUAUGUGUGUGUAAAUAUACAUAUACAUAGUAUAUAUGAUCUCACUUAGAAAUCACUUAUAAUGCAGUUCAAGUGGAGUCAUAAUGCCAUACAUUUGCAGUCCGAAAUGGCCCUAAGUGCACGCAUGUAUGUUUAUAUAUGUGUGUGUGUGUAUAUGUGUGUGUAUGUAUACAUAUAUAUAUAUAUAUAUAUAAUCUUACUUAUAAAUAGAAAUCAAUUAUAAGGCAGUUCGGGUGGAGUCAUGUCAUAAAUGUGCAGUUUGAAAUGGCCCUAAA